AUCCAACCACAAUGCCAUUUUUUCGUGGUAUCGAAAUAUCUAUAAUCACUAGCUCGGAUGUUAGAAAGCUACCUGAGUAUCCUCAUCCAGAUGGAUCAUCUGUUCGUCUCAUGAGAGUUGGCACUGGCCUCAAUGACCUUCGAAAUGGGGGACGAGCCAGCCCUCACUCUCUCACCGUUUCCAGGUUCUCUGAUGCAGAUCCGACUCGCCAAAAGAAAGUCAAUCCUCGUAUAUCCGUCUAUAUUCCUUCAAGUCCUGGUGAUCAAUUUCGGCUUAGAUAUUUUAUCAACCAAUCACCGCUUCCCUCUAGGUUCAUCUUCUUCAAGAUGCUAAUAAAUGGCCAUCAUACAGUCUCGUGGGGCAUCGACGCCAGCAGCUGUUCUCUUGGGAGCGUGACGAGGAGUCUAUACGAACCUGGCGAAAGGUUCAGGGAUAAAAACGGCGAUCCUGUUGUGGGGAUAGAGACGCGGUAUCUUCGUUUCGUGGGCCAGCCCGAAAGAAAACCAGGAGAUGAAGAUGGUGGCCUGAUCGAGGUUCAAGUAUUUCGCUGCCGGGGAAGGAAGCGCAUUGCGGUCGUACUAGAUCCUUGCCCGAGUCGUAACCGAGAACGCCGUGGUAUCACCUUGUCUAGUGGUGGCCUAGUUGACGACCCCCAAGACGCAUCUUUCUACGAAUACCACCUAGAGGACGCGCGAGAUUCACCCUACGCGACCUUCUGUUUCCACUAUAGACCCACGAAGUGCCUCGAACAACUUAACAUCAUUCCCUCGCAGGAGACCAAAAACCGACCAGUGUCCAUGAAUCAAAAUAGCGUAUCAGUCCCCAAUUACCAGGAAAAUAUUAGUCGUGUGAAUUCGUCUCUAGAUGGGAGAGUGCUCGAUGAUAGUAUCGAACCAGUUGGCGUGGCUCUUUCAAGCCCAGACAAAGUAGGAGAAUACUCUUCUAAGAGAUCUACACAAAUUUUACCAAUCCCUCUAGCUAGCUUGGCUAUUGAAGGUUAUGGACAGAGUCGAGAGGAAAUCAUGGGGAAGAUGGGACAGAGACCGCUACCCGAACCCCCUCACAUUCUCUCUGGGCAAGUAUCGAGGGAGUCGAUCAGAUCAAGCUGCCCAUCAUUAACACCAUCUCUAAAACAAUACGCCGAGAGCGAAGAAUUCGAAAAGGAAGAGGUACAAUUAAGUAUGGCGCAGCCGGUCUUUAUACCAUCUGGGUCAAUGCAAGCAUUGGAAUUAGGCGACUUGAAUAUCCACGAUCAAGGGGACAACUCUUUCUCAGAUUAUGCAGUUUCUCCAAGCUCCACAGAAACAUCGCAUUCACCAAAACUUCCUCCUCCAGAAGGUUACCUUCCAACUACUGGUAGUGUUCUCGAGCGCCAACUUAAUCAAUUUGAUUCGCCUGUUUCUCACUCGCAACCAACGGCCAAUAUCAGGUGGCCAAUUCCUCAACCAGAGGGAGCGGUAGGCUUGGUUGGCGACGUGCACUCCCACGAAGUUAGCACGCUUACGAUGACCGAGGCGGAGUGGCUAAGACAGAGUCCCUCGCCCCAGCGACGUAGAGGUAAUGCCAUAGAACGGUUAUGGAGCCCACGUCCUGGGAAACGUUCUGGCCGUUCUUCAAUGGUAGAGCUUCCUACCUGUAGAUGUGAAGCUACGAAUCUCGAACGCCCCGACGACGAGAUUGGCGCACGGAGCGCACAAGUUGAAGGCAAUGAUGACUAUACCGAUGAAGUUCCUGCAGGAAACUGGAUUUAGAACGGCUGUCGUAUCGCAUGCGUUGACGACAGGAUGUCGAGCUAUCCUAGCUUUCUAGCUACAUUUGUACCUAAGAGACUCUAGUCAUUACAAUGUAGGUGUCAUUGAAUCUUGUAGCCUAGUAUGAUAAGAGAAACAGC